UCGGGACUGGGGGGGCCGGCGGCGGCUCCUAGGAGCGUUCAGGCGAAGAUCUUUCUUUCUGAGCCGGCGGCACGGUGCUUUCCGGCUGCCGUCAAGCGCGGCACUGGGCCUGCGGGCGGGGGCCGAGGGGCUGCCAUGGCGGCGGCGGGCCGGCUGCCUAGCGCCUGGGUGCUGCUGGCGCCGCUGCUCGGGGGCCUCGCGCUGCUGGGAGUCGGGCCGGUCCCGGCGCGGGCGCUGCACAACGUCACAGCCGAGCUCUUUGGGGCCGAGGCCUGGGGCACCCUGGCGGCCUUCGGAGACCUCAACUCCGACAAGCAGACGGACCUCUUCGUGCUGCGGGAAAGAAAUGAUUUAAUCAUCUUUUUGGCAGACCAGAACGCACCCUAUUUUAAACCCAAAGUAAAACUGUCUUUAAAGAAUCACAGUACAUUGAUAACAAGUGUGGUCCCAGGGGAUUAUGAUGGAGAUUCACAAAUGGAUGUUCUUCUGACAUACAUUCCCAAAAAUCAUGUCAACAGUGAAUUGGGAGCUGUUAUCUUCUGGGGACAAAAUCAAACUUUAGAUCCUAACAAUAUGACUAUACUUAAUAGGACUUUUCAAGAUGAACCACUAAUUAUGGACUUCAAUGGUGAUUUAAUUCCUGAUGUAUUUGGUGUCACAAAUGAAUCUAGCCAGCCACAGAUACUAUUAGGAGGGAAUUUGUCGUGGCACGUUGCAUUGUCAACUAAAAGUAAAAUGCGAAUUCCGCAUUCUCAUGCAUUUAUUGAUCUGACUGAAGAUUUUACAGCAGAUUUAUUCCUCACUACAACCUCUGCCUCUGAUAAGAACCAGUUCCAAUUUGAGAUAUGGGAAAAUUUGGAUGGAAAUUUUUCUAUCAGUACUGUACUUAAAAAGCCUGAACAUAUGAAGGUGGUUGGACAGUCAGCAUUUGCAGACUUUGAUGGCGAUGGACAUAUGGAUCACUUACUGCCAGGCUGUGAAGAUGAAAAAUGUCAAAAAAGUGCCAUCUACUUAGUGAGACCUGGAACACAACAGUGGAUUCCAGUUCUACGGGAUUUCAGCAGUAAGGGCACACUCUGGGGUUUUGUGCCUUUUGUUCAUGAACAACAGUCGAAUGAAAUACCAAUUCCAAUUACUCUUCAUAUUGGAGACUACAACAUGGAUGGUUAUCCAGAUGCUCUUGCCAUAUUGAAGAAUACAUCUGGAAGCAAUCAGCAGGCCUUUUUACUGGAGAAUGUUCCUUGCAAUAAUAUAAGCUGUGAGGGAGCGCAUCGUAUGUUUAAAGUCUACUGGGAGCUGAUGGACCUGAAUCAAAUCAGAGAUGCCAGAGUUGCCACCUUCUUUGACAUUUAUGAAGAUGGAAUCUUGGAUAUUGUAGUACUAAGUAAAGGCUAUACAAAGAAUGAUUUUGCAAUCCAUACAUUAAAAAAUAACUUUGAAGCAGAUGCAUAUUUUGUUAAAGUUAUUGUUCUCAGUGGUCUCUGUUCUAAUGACUGUCCUCGUAAGAUAACACCCUUUGGUGUAAACCAACCUGGACCUUAUAUCAUGUAUACAACUGUAGAUGCAAAUGGAUAUCUGAAAAAUGGCUCAGCUGGACAACUCAGUCAGUCAGCACAUUUAGCUCUACAACUACCAUACAAUGUACUUGGUUUAGGCCGGAGUGCAAAUUUUCUUGAUCAUCUUUAUGUUGGUAUCCCCCGUCCAUCUGGAGAGAAGUCUGUACGCAAACAAGAGUGGACUGCAAUCAUUCCAAAUUCCCAACUGAUUGUCAUUCCAUAUCCUCAUAAUGUUCCUCGAAGCUGGAGUGCCAAAUUGUAUCUUACACCAAGUAACAUAGUUCUACUUACCGCUAUCGCUCUCAUCGGUGUCUGUGUUUUCAUCUUGGCAAUAAUUGGCAUCUUACACUGGCAGGAAAAGAAAGCAGAUGAUAGAGAAAAACGACAAGAAGCCCAUCGGUUUCAUUUUGAUGCUAUGUGACAUGCCGUUAAUGUCUACUCACUUGAUUAACUGAAUACUAAAUGUGGCUUACAGAAGAAAGUAGGAGAUUUUGAAUAUUAUUUAUAAAUGAUGCAUCCCUGGGAAAUUAUUGGCAAGUAUUCAAAUAAAUAUUGUCUGUCUCAUAAGGUCUAUUUUAAAAGCACUUUGUAUAAUAAUUUGGGUUCCUUAUUCAAUUGUGCUGUACAUUUUUGUUCUUUUGUGGAAUGUGUUGCAUGCACUGAGCUGUUUGUGUAUUUAUGAUCUUACUAGACUAAUGAUGGGAAAAUGCUUGUAAAUAAAGGUAUUUAAAUGAGGGUUUUCUGUGCUCCAUUUGAAUUAGUCUUGCUUCUUAUUCUAAUGAUGCAAAUUAUACUUUUGUGACUAGAUCACAGAUAAAAUUAUUAACCACUUAGCAUCAUAGCAGGUCAGGGAGCUAUCACUAAUGGCAUACAAUAGAGAGACUGGGAACUUUAAUUCUGGUAUUGCAGUCAGACAGACUUGCCUUAAACUCCAUUUUCCACAAGCUGUUUGAACUGAGCUAAUUACAUAAUCACAUCAAUCUUCUUGCUCACACAAUGGAACUAAUAACCUUACUCAUUUGACAACAAACAUUAAACAGAAUGAUGUAUGUAUACAGCAUAGUGUUUAACACAGAGUUCAAGAAGUGAUAAUUGUCAUUAUUACUAUUCUUAUAUAAUUUCACAGGCUUCUGUAAUUAUCAAAAUAUGUAUACACUUGAUAGAAUUUUUUUCAGACAUAGACAUAAGAAAAUCAUAUUUGGAAAUCCAAAAUUCUUGAUGAUUGACACCUUAGAUAAAGAAUUCUUGCUCAUAC